AUGUUUUGGAGGUCCGAGGAAGGAUGGGUUACCUACUGGGGCCACAGCUUCAAGUGGACGCCAGAUCAUAUGUCGAGCGAGCAGCUCGAGCCCCUGGCCUUCACCUACGAUGUGCUGGCCUCGGAAGCAUUAGACAGACUAGACGAGCUAUGCCCUCCAGAGCGUCCUCCGUCUCCAGAAGAGCAGCCUAGCACGCCCUCGGAGCCUCGAGCUCAAGACGCCUCCUCGAGUGAGAAGGAGAAACCCAAGAAACCCCGCCUCCAGCGGGACUACUACGAGCUACUCAAGGAGAACGCCCACCGAGACGAGAAACUCCGAGAGCUAUGGGACCAGGUCAACACGGUCCCCGAGUGGGUUGACUGGGAGCAGAUAGAGCGAGGCCAAAAGGUCUUCUACCGCUACGCCGGCGCAGUGGUCGUCGCGGUAAGUGUCAAAUCCCCCCCCCUCUGA